CUGCGUGGAUUCCAUAGGUUUCCUAGCAGAUAAUCUGUUAUAUGCCAGUUAGUCGCAUCCAGCAGCUUGUUAAGAACAGUUGACAGUUCACUCUUUGAGAAGUCCAGCUAGAUACUAGUCUUUAAUCAACAAAUAUGGAUGAUGCUGCAGAAUAUACAAAACUGGGAAGAGGCAUGGAGGAACCUCAAGGAUCAAGGUCAGAACAGCCAGGAUCGAGUACUGUUGUCUACACAACGGAAGGCGAUGAACUAACCAUAAAUUGUGAGGUGGAGUCGCAGUCGUCUGGCCAGCGAGAUCAGUGGAGCAAAGGAGUGGAGUUCCUUUUUUCCUGCAUUGCUUUAUCUGUGGGUUUGGGAAAUGUCUGGCGUUUUCCUUUCAUUGCUCUGGAAAAUGGUGGCGGUGCUUUUCUGAUACCCUAUGUGAUAGUACUUCUGCUGAUUGGCAGACCUGUUUACUAUCUGGAGGUGAUCAUUGGACAGUUUUCCAGUCGUGGAUGCAUCAAGGCUUUUGACAUGGUGCCGAUCAUGAAGGGCGUUGCUUAUGGUCAGGUGUAUUCCACUGCUUUGGCUACCACCUAUUACGCCUGCAUUAUGGCUUUGACCAUCAGGUAUUUGGUGGCCAGCUUUAGUGAGGUCCUACCUUGGACCUAUUGUUUGGUAGAGUGGGGCAGCGGUUGUGUGGCCACAGGAGCCACAGCCGCCAAUGACACAUCCAUUGUCCAGGGUAUCUCCUCGGCAGAGCUAUUCUUUACACAAACAGUUCUAAGGGAACCAGAAACCUUAGAUGACACUGGCCUAGGGACUCCCAGCUGGGAUCUGGUGUUGUGCCUCUUCGCCACUUGGGUGAUCAUAGGCACUGUUUUGUCCAAGGGCAUUCGUAGUUCCGGCAAAGCUUCCUAUUUUCUGGCUCUGUUUCCCUAUGUGAUUAUGAUCAUCCUGUUGAUCAGGGCUGUUACUUUGCCAGGAGCUUGGCAGGGAAUUGUCUACUUUUUGAAACCCCAAUGGUCCCAGCUGCUGAAUCCACAUGUGUGGUAUGCAGCCAUAACCCAGAUGUUCUUCUCCUUGGCCAUUUGCUUUGGCACCCUCAUCAUGUACGCCUCCUUUAAUGAUUUCAACAAAAAUGUGCACAAAGAUGUGAUCAUAAUCACCACCAUAGAUUCCCUAACAUCCAUUCUGGCUGGUUGCAUCAUCUUUGGCAUCUUAGGUAACCUAGCUCAUGAGACCAACACCACGGAUAUCUCGCAGGUGGUGAAAGGAGGAGCUGGUCUGGCUUUUAUUUCAUAUCCCGAAGCCAUUGCCAAGUUCAAGUAUCUUCCCCAGCUAUUUGCCGUGCUGUUCUUCUUCAUGCUCCUGAUUUUGGGUAUUGGAUCGAAUAUAGGAAUGGCCACUGCUGUCGUUAAUGUGGUUAAGGAUCGAUUUAACCAUUUACCGCACUGGCUGCUGGCUGUGGGUGCAUCGAUAAUUGGUUUUCUAUGUGGCCUGGUGUACAUGACUCCCGGUGGACAGUUCGUACUGAAUCUCGUUGACUUUUAUGGCUGCACUUUUAUAGCCCUCGUCUUAGCCAUUGCGGAGCUAUUGGCCGUGAGUUGGGUUUAUGGCGUCAAGCGCAUCUGCAGCGACAUAGAAUUUAUGUUGAAUAUAAAAACCAGUUUCUACUGGCGCAUUUGCUGGGCCAUUGUGGCACCUGGCUUGAUGUUCCUGGUCCUGGUGUACAUGCUUCUCAGCUACGAACCUCUGACAUAUCGAGGAGUGCAAUAUCCUCCAGAAUAUUAUAUGGCUGGUUGGAUUAUCUGGGGACUGGGUGUUCUCCAGUUGCCCUUCUGGGCUUUGGUUACGAUUUUCCAGCAACCCGGAAAGACCUUUGGCAGUAAACUGAGAAUGGCCAUGCAACCCACUCCCAAUUGGGGUCCAUUGCAAACCCAAAAGUACGAGGCCUACAUUCUACAUCGGAAACGUGAGGUGGAUUUCAAGAGCCAACGAGGCGGAUACUUGUUUGACAAUAUCUUUGGCUAA